CCAGAGAAUGAUCAGUCCUGGGCCAAGGGCCCGUAGGUGAGCUGCAAAAGCCAGGUGCCAGCUCCUGCUGUGACUGGGGGAGCACGGGAGAGCGCGGCGGCGAGGGGACACGGAGACGCAGCAGCAGGGGCCAGCACGGAGCUGUAGUGAGGAGGAGGAGGCGGCCCCUGAGAGGCAGGAGAGCACGGCAGAGCAGCGAGGGGCCGGCCGAGCCGGCAGCCCCCAUGCCGCUGUGCCUGAAGGCCCCGGGCAGCAUGAGGGACUAUUGCCCCGUGGCGCUGCGCUACGCGCCCCGCCGCAGCGCCGCGCGCACCGUGCGCUUCCCCAACGACGUCCUCUUCCAGGACCACAUCAAGCAGGGGGACCUGGAGCAGGUGGGCAGGUUCAUACGAGCCAGGAAGGUGACGCUGGACACCAUCUACCCUUCUGACUGGGGGAUCACCAUUUGUUCCUGGCUCUGCCUUUCUCACAGGCACUGCUCCCUCUUUCUUAGUUUCUUUGCCCAGAGUGCUCUCCCUGAGAAGGAGAGCUCCUGCACCCCUUUUCUGAGCCGUGCACAGCCCAGCCCCGCGUCCCGCAGGUACCUCCUGUCCCUUGGGGCCAGCCUCGAGGCCACCACUGAUGACGGCGAGAGACCUUCGGACCUCAUCGACCCGGAAUACGAGGACCUGGUGCAGCUCUUCGGAGCCACCGCGCCCAUUUGUUCCUGGCUCUGCCUUUCUCACAGGCACUGCUCCCUCUUGUACGUCUGA